AUGGAAGGUAUGGUGGUAUCAAAGCGGUAUGGAAGGUAUGAAGAUAUGCAAGCGGUAUGGAAGGUAUGAAAGCGGAUCACAAGUAUGAUGAUAUAAAUAAAUAUUCAUUACAAGGUGUUGAAAAGAUGAAUGAUGUACUAACAACGGACUAUUUUCGUUCUGCAAAUAAGAAACACUCUAACAAAUAAAGUGCCGCAUAUGUCGUAAAACUCGACGCUUCCAGCGCCACCAGGGCAUGCGACACACGGUUCGGGUUGCGACUUAUUAUUUAUAUUUUGUGAGAGUGAGACUCUAUAUCAUAAGGUAAUGAAACACAUGGUCUCAACUGGGAAUCGAACCCUGGACCUUGGUUCAUCGUACCAAAGCUCUAACCACUGAGCUAUUGAGACCCAGCAUUAACCAUGUUAUUCAUUCUUUUUGAACGUUAUGACUAUCGAUAUACUAUGAAAUUGUUGAUUUUAUAAAAUGACCAGAGGGUCUACGGAUAGUUUAGCCUAAUGUUAAAGGAUGGCGUAUGCCUAAAACCUUUAACUCGUCGCAAGUUUAUCCGGUAGAAAGUGUGUGUAUAUUUUGUGACAGUGAGACUCUAUGUCAUAAGGUAAUGAAAAACACGGUGUCAACUGGGAAUCGAACCCUGGACCUUGGUUCACCGUUCCAAAGCUCAAACCAUCGAUCUCACCAUGUACGCAUCGAUAGUCAUAACGUACCAAAAGCAUGAAUAACAUGGUUAAUGCUGGGUCUCAAUAGCUCAGUGGUUAGAGCUUUGGUACGGUGAACCAAGGUCCUGGCUUCGAUUCCCAGUUGAGACCAUGUUUUUCAUUACCUUAUGACAUAGAGUCUCACUCUCACAAAAUAUACACACACUUUCUACCGAAUCAACUUACACACCCAUACAGCCAUGUGGCGGUGUGCGAUACUCAUAACGUACAAAAAGAAUGAAUAACGUGGUUAAUGCUAGGUCUCAACAGCUCACUGGUUAAAGCUUUGUUACAGACUACCAAGGUCCUAGGUUCCAUUCCCAGCUGAGACCAUGUUUUUCAUUACCUAAUGACAUGGAGUUUCACUCCCACAAAAUAUACCCACUUUCUGCCGGAUAAACUUACACACCCAUACAGCCAUGUGGCAACGUGCGAUAGUCAUAACCCACAAAAAGGAUGAAUAACAUGGUUAAUGCUGGGUCUCAAAAGCGCGGUGGUUAGAGGUUUCGUACGGUAAGGCAAGGUCCCAGGUUCGAUUCCCAGUUGAGACCAUGUUUUUCAUUACCGUAUGACAGAGAGUCUCACUCUCACAAGAUGCACACACCUUCUACCGGAUAAACUUACACACCCAUACAGCCAUGUGGCAGUGUGCAGUACCCAUAACGUACAAAAAGAAUGCACAACAUGGUUAAUGCUGGGUCCCAAUAGCUCGGUGGUUAGCGGUUUCGUAGGGUGAACCAAGGUCAUGGGUUCCAUUCCCAGUUGAGACCAUGUUUUUCAUUACCUUAUGACAUAGAGUCUCACUCUCGCAAAAUAUACACACACUUUCUACCGGAUAAACUUGCGACGAGUUAAAGGUUUUAGCAUACGCCAUCCUUUAACAUUAGGCUAAACUAUCCGUACGACCACUGGUCAUUUUCGAAAAUCAACAAGUACAUACUAUAUCGAUAGUCAUAACGUUCAAAAAGAAUGAAUAACAUGGUUAAUGAUGGGUCUCAAUAGCUCGGUGGUUAGAGGUUUCGUACGGUGAGGCAAGGUCAUGGGUUCGAU